AUGCGCUCCUUCCACCACGCAGCCCGCUCAGCUAGCAGCCAAGCCGCUGCUGCCCGCUGCCGCCCGCUCCUCCUCACCCGCGGCGCUCCCCGCCGCCAUGCACGCCUGCAGUCAACCUCAGCCUCACCCUCCGGCGGCGGCGGCAGCAGCGGUAGCAGCGGAGCCCUCACCGGAGCCGCGGCCGGCGCCGCCUCCGCGCUCGUCGUCGGCUACACGUGGUACCACCUCUCGGGCGCCAAAGCGGCCGUGCAGACCGCGAACCAGACGCAGAGCUACAUGCAAGCCGGCGUCGACAAGGUCAAGUCCACCACGCCGGAGCCGGCCGAGGCGCUGCGGUACCUGCGCGCGACGGCGACGAGCUACGCGUCGCUCGUGCCGGGCGCGAAGGGCUACGUCGACGGCGCGUUCGAACAGCUGGACCGCGUGCGCGAGGAGCACGGGGAGGAGGUGGACCGGAUCGUGCGCGAGGCGUGGGGCGAGCUGCAGGGCAUCGCGAACGAGAAGGGCGCGGCGAGCUUGGAGAGCGCGGGGAGGGCGUGGGGCGUGCUGCAGAGGUGUUUGGCCCGUGUGGGCAGGCUGGCGGGCGAGGCGGCGAGGGAGGUGGUGGAGCGGGUGGAUCCGCAGCUCAAGGAGAAGGUGGGCGGCAGCUUCGAGCAGCUGGAUCAGCUCGUCGACAAGUACGGGCCGCGGGCGAGAAAGCAGGUCGACGAGGCGUGGGACCAGAUCCGGGAGCUGGUCAAAGGCGGCGGCGUCAAGGGCGAUACCCCGGAUAAGAUCAAGCAGCUGGUGCGGGAGACGAAGCAGCGGCUGAGCAAGGCCGGCGACGAGGCGUGGAAGAAGGGUCUGGAGGAGGCGAAGCCGUAUCUCGACAAGAACCCCAAGGCGAAGGAACUGUUGGAGGAGAAUGCGGAGGCAUUGAAGCAGGGCGAUCUGAGCGAGCUGUGGGAGACGGUGCGGGACAACGGCGACGUCGCCAAGGUCGAGGAGCAGGUUCAGCGGCAGGUCGACAAGGUGAAGACGAGGGGAUUGGGCGGCCUGGAGCAAUACGUUAACAUGGUUCCGGGCGGAAGUCAGAUUCUUCCAAAGUUGCAGCUACUGCAGGACGUCGGCCAGAAGCGCGGGAAGGAGGCCGAGCAGCUGCUGAGGGAGACGGGCGACGAGAUCGUGCAGGUGUUGAGCAGGAAGUCGGACAAGGCAAAGCAGCUGCUCGACGAGGCAAAGACGCGGUGA